CUCAUUUCCAUCUCUCUUCUUCUUCUCAGUCCUUCCCACUUCCGCCACUUCCUUCAAUCUUUCUCUUUUUUUCCUGACGACCAUGCCUUUUAAUACUCCUCCUCAGUCCAGGUACCCGGCCAUCACGGGCUUGAAUGGGAAGACCUAAGAGAACCUUUGACUCCAAGUGAACAAUUUUUUUUCUAUUCCUUUCUUUUCUCCCCGCAGUCUCGACCGUUCGCGCCCCAAGGGGAAGAAAAAUUUCCCUUCCCCGACCGCCCACCAAAGCAAAAGUGGUCAACCAAAUCCGACCCGCAGAACUCCAAACUCCGGGAAGCUUCUCUCUUUCCCAAACUCCCCCGAAGUCCUACUGGCUCCGCGGGAGCUUGAGACUUCUCUCAGUUCUAAUUCCCCUUCAUUUUUCUUUUCUCGACGGCCUUCGAUCUCUCCCGGUCUUGCCACCUCUUUUUUUCCCUUCUUCCUUUCUUCCACUUGAACCCUUCUUGAGCCGUCCCACGGCUUCACCGGGAGCCAAUCGAAAAUAGCGCCGAGACGGAUUGGGAACCGACCAUCGCAAUGGCACAAAAUCGGUCCAUGGAGUCCCGAGUCGGGCGCAAAAACCAACGCUAUGGUUCCAAAGGCGAACGCCUCGUGGCCGGCGUGGUCCCCCUCUCCGCAGACAAGACAAAAGUCCUCAUGAUUCAGUCCGCCGGUCCCGGAGGCUGGGUCCUUCCCAAGGGAGGAUGGGAGACGGAUGAGUCAACAGCACAACAGGCCGCCUGCCGUGAGGCUUGGGAAGAGGCCGGUGUCAUUUGCACCGUGCUUCGCGAUCUCGGCUUAAUACCAGACAUGCGGCCAUCCGGCCUGUUGACCGCUCAGGCGCCCAAGGCUUCCUACCAAUUCUUCGAAGUCAGCGUGGACAAGGAAGAGUCACAAUGGCCAGAGAUGCACAAGAGGAAACGACAGUGGGUGAGCUAUGCUCAGGCCGCCACAGCACUGGCCAAUCGACCCGAGCUGCUCGAAGCCCUGAACCGCAGCUCUCUGAAGCGAUAGCCACCGGGCUUUCGCUUCGUAUAUAUUGUCUUUUAUACAAUGGUUCUCGUACAUUUUCCUUCUGGAACCCUCGGGAGCAGUGAGCUGCACUAUCCUGAUGAUGACUCGACAUGACCCCCAAAAAAGAACGGUGGCUCUGUGCUUUCUUGAAUUCUUUCACCUCGCCAGUCCUCCUCUUCCUCCUCCUCCUCCUCCAUUACUCCCUAUAUCUUUAUUGCAUCGCAUUCGCCGCUGUGGUUGGGCUGCUGCUUUACCCGAUCACGCCCCCGGUUGGUGCUUUCCUGUUUUCAUUGCUAUCAUACCUGAUAGACGGGUGUCCCGAUAUCAAGGGGAUCAUGAAGCAGAUGAAGAGAAACUGCUGUCCUGUGCUCAGAUCUAUUUAUUGCAGACUGUGUGAGGCUUCCUGACCAGCUGGAACAGGAAAGAGCCCACACGUGUCACUUGAAGAACUGGGUAUAUCUGUUCUUGCCUUGACUAGUUCUUGCUAGUAUCUGAACUUUUAGUCUGACCUACACACUUUACUCUUCAAUAACUCGAGCCCCCGUAGAACUGAUUUGUAACCAUGUCCCCGAUUUUGAUCGAGG